UUUUCUUUUUAAUCAUUGACCGCUAUAACAAAGUGUUCCAAACCGAAAGUACCUGGGAAUAUUUUAAUUCAGAUAUGUUUAAUGUCAUUAAAGAGAGUUGUCCAUACCAAAACUGGACAUCCGUGGCAAGGGAACGAUGUCCAAAUCCUGACCACUUUCAUUGUUUGAUAGACGAGUAUGGGAGAAUCGGAUGGGUUUGCAAGGAGCCAAUAUGGGUUGAAAAGGAUAGAUGUCCUGUUUUUAACGUUGUUGCUAAGAAACUGGAUACCACGUCUUGUUCACAAACUAGAUGUCCGCCAUAUAGCUACCGGUCAAACGAUGUUGAUGUUGAAUAUGUCUGCAGAUAUGUCAUGGAAAGAGAAAGUUCUACAACACCCUUCACUACAAAAGCCACCGACACGAACAGUGUACUCGUCGCUUUGAUUGUGUUGAUACUUGUUGCCAUUUUAGUCCUUGUGGCUGGAAUACUGUUUUAUAAAUAUCGUCGUCGACAACGGAAUGGUAAACGACAAGAAGAAUCCAACAACGGUCUUAUUCAAACACAAGAACCAAGUAGUUUCACGAAAAUAGUUCUAACCACAAUGACCUGA